GCGGGGAUGGGGGUGACGGUGGACGUGCACCAGGUGUACAAGUACCCCUUCGAGCAGGUGGUCGCCAGCUUCCUCCGAAAGAAGAAGAUUAGGUACGACAUGAAGCAGAAUGGUGCUCACGGGAAGAGUGCGGGCUCUGACAUCAGACGGGGGGACCGAGUGCUUCUAGCUGUCUGAGAGGAGUAGCCUGCAGAAAUCUUUACCACCUUGGAGUAAUAAAGAGAAGAAAGAGCAUGAAUAAAGUAUCCCAACCCCAUGGAUAAAAAUGUCAUCUCUGUAGUAACUGUGGAGGAAAAAAGAGACGUGUCAACAGGGAUCAUCUAUAGAAAGAGGAUUGCGAUCUGUCAGAAUGUGGUUCCAGAAAUUUUAAGGAAGGUGAGCAUUUUAAAGGUACCUAGUAUCCAGUUGGAAGAGGAAUCAUGGCUCAAUCCUCAGGAAAGAAACAUGGCUAUACGGAGUCACUGCCUUACAUGGACACAAUAUGCAUCCAUGAAGGAAGAGUCUGUCUUCCGGGAAAGUGUGGAAAAUCCCAAUUGGACAGAGUUCAUUCAGAGAGGCAGAAUUUCAAUUACAGGGGCUGGCUUUCUCAACUGCAUUUUGGAGACUUUUGCCAGCACAUUCUUAAGACAGGGAGCCCAGAAGGGAAUUAGAAUAAUGGAGAUGCUGCUAAAGGAACAGUGUGGUGCCCCCUUAGCCGACUAAAGACCCGCCAGGGCCCUGUGUUGUCCUAUUUUGCUCAAGAAUCGCUUCUUGGCCACAACACAUGACUGAUGCAAUUUUCGAAAUUCAAGUUUACGGAUACACUGUCGGCAGCUUAAAGAAGAGGAGACCUUCCUUUCAGAAUGUGAAUUGAUACACUUCCCUGGGAGCCUUCCUCAGAUAGUGGCACUCACGGACGUGAGAACUUCUAGCUAGAGUUGAAUGGCACAGUCUCUUUAUGAUUUACAAAUAAAGGGGGAGAAAAUCCAUAGAAGGUGAUGUCUGCCCUUUUUCAGGAUCUCCUGCUGAUGGCCUGGUGAUGGUGUCAGGGAAACCAAGGGCAGGCUGGAGGCCUGGCCAGUGCCAUAUGUUAUCAGCCUCAUUGCUCAUGGGUUUCAGGAGAAGAUCCUGGGAUGGAUAAAGGAAUUGAAACUGCCACUUGACACAUAGGUAGAAAAGAAUCUACCAGUUCUGUGUUGAAGCCAAGCUACAUUUAGAGUAAUGUUUGGGUCUCAGAAAUUGGGAGCAUUUGAUGUCUACCCAUAAGUACCACCUAACUGCCACCAAUAUAACUUCUCUGAUGUAACCUGU